GCAUGAGGGCGCUCUUCACACUGAUUCCUUGGAAACGUAAACAUGGAGGACUCUCAUGUUGAUUGUUUUCGCCCAGAUUCGGGCCCUGUAAAUGACGAAUUAGAAAGAGCCUCCCCUUAUUUUAUUGAAUCAACAGUGUCUCCAAAUGGUAAUCUUCCAAAUGGUGACAAUCGAUUUGAAAUCCAUGAUCACGGAGACGAAUCAGGAGCUUCUGAAGAUGAGGAGCUUUCACCGGACGGUGUCCUGGACGAGAGAACAGUUGCCAAAGGAUUGUCUAAUCUUGGGAGGACUGCUGGAGGCAAUGAUCUGGUCUUCUUACACCUUACCUUACCGGGAUACAACUUGCAGGAUAUUACAACACUCAAAGACUACACCCAUCUCCAGAAACUGGAGAUCCCAUACAAUAAGAUUUCAGAUUUGAGUGUUUUGAGUUUCAUGCCAUAUUUGGUGGAGUUGGAUGCCUCAAAUAAUGAGAUCUGUAAUCUCAACUCAUUCAAGUCGCCUCUUAAUCUCAAGGAAGUGGAUUUGUCGUUCAAUAACAUUGAGGAUUUGAAUGACUUCACUGAGCACCGCACAAUCACUAAGCUGGUCAUCGACAACAAUAAGAUAAGCAGUCUGGAUGGACUUCAAGCAUGUAAGUCUCUAUCCUACCUCAGUGUUGCACACAAUCGUAUCGAGAAGAUUGAAAACCUGCAAGCACUUCCACUCAAAUAUCUGAACCUGAGAGGAAAUCGUUUGAAGGAAAUUGAGAAUAUUGAAUCGCUUGGUCAGCUACAGCAGUUGGAUGUAUCAGGGAACUUCAUUGGUAGCCUUAAAGGACUGGAAACCAACAGACUACUGGAAACAAUCGACCUGGAAAAUAAUCAUGUUGAGAGCAUUGAUGAUGUCAAGCAUGUUCAGGAGAUCUCGUUACUCCGUAACCUGAAUCUCCUUCGUAAUCCCAUCCAAGGUGUUGCCGACUAUCGUCUGUCAUUGUUGUAUUGCCUUCCACAACUGACCGAGUUGGAUCGACACAAGGUGGAGGCUGAAGAAAAGGUAUCAGCCAGUAAUCUGUUCAAUGCUCCGAUGGAUGUAGAGGCAGCUGAGGACCAUAGACGAUGUAUGGUGUAUGCUAGCUUGAGAUCAGCUAGAAUCUAUGACAGUACCCUGCCCAGUAUGGAGACACCUUACCCCAUGCUUGUCCUGGUUGGCCCACCGGGUUCAGGCAAACAUGAACUAGCUCACAAACUGGUGGCUGAGUUCCCUACAUAUUUUGGCUAUGGGAUUUCACACACAACCAGAGCUCCAUACACAGGAGAAAUGGACAAGAAAGACUUCCAUUUUGUGUCUGCCGGCUCGUUUGAUUCCAAAAUCAAACAGGGUGUUUUCUUGUUGACGUACCAGUCGGAGGGACAUCAAUAUGGAGUCAGUCAAGAAGCUAUUGAAGAUGUAGCAAAGGAAGGGUUAGCCUGUAUACUGACUAUGGAAGUAGAGGGCGUCCUUUCUCUCAAGUUGUCCUACUAUGAACCACGAUACAUUCUACUGCUUCCGCUAGACCAAGCCGCUCAUGAGACACGGCUUAGAGCAGUCGGGAACCUUAGCCAAGAAAACAUUGAACAAGCAGUAAGGGAGAUGGGGCGCUACCGUGGUAUCCAUCAGGAUAAGCCAGGAUUCUUUGAUAUGACUGUGGAUUCAAGUGAUUUGACUGCGGCAUUUGAUCGAUGUCGAGAGUUAGUGUCAGGCUACUUAGGCUUAGGAGAGACCGAGCCACAGCACCUGACUAUUUCUAACUGGGUUCCAUCCAGUGAUUCACCAAGCCCUACGCAGGCAAGGUCUGAUUCCCAGACUCCCAUGGGAGAUCGAUCAGUGACGCCAUUGAGAUCUACAUCAGGAAUGAAGACGUGGUCUGAUCGAGUUAAGAGUGCAGACACCGGAUCACAGAUAUCUCGGAAAUUGAUGAGUCCUGGGAUGAAGGCCAUGCUGCAGCCUAAGAGAUCUAGUGUGGAGCAAGCGUCAUACGAGCGUCGCAAGAGUGCAGCAAGAGCAGCAGCAGCAGGGAUUGAGCCUAAACCGUUGGACCAGUUAAUUGCAAGACCACCAGGCACUGCUCCUGAGACUCUACAAGGUAAAGGUCUAGAUGGUAGCACUACUCGCCCCAAGACUGUCCCUGCUGGUUACUACGAAGCUCCCAGUCCCGACUCUAGCGCUGCGUCACGCAGCGGAUCAGAACUCUCAGGUUUAUCCGAGGCACGAGGAAUGUCUGGUAAUGUGUCUCCAGACUCGACAGCAUCACAGCAACUACCGGUGGAUAUGACAUUACCUGGAUAUGGAACGGACGAUGGGAUGGGCGGUCGGUCGGAUGGAUCGCUGAUCAUGUCAACUGAUAGGUGAUCAUUCACAUCCAUGUCUGGCAAAAAAUGAAUCAAUAAAAUCUUGGAGAAGAUACUAACUUAGUAUCUGUAGGAUGUAAAUUUAAAUAGAUUGGAACUGUUUUAUUGCAUCCACGUCCAGCAAAACAAAACAAUGUUAAAAUAAAUUCAGAAGCGAAUGCUUUUGCCACAUCUGUAAAGUGUAAUAAAAAGUAAACAGGACAUUUGUUUUCUAUCAAAUAGUCACGUUAGUAUUGUGUACAAGUAUUUCGUUUGAAGGAUUGUUACAGACGGUUGAACAUGUACAUAUGCUGAUUCUGAUUGUUUUUAAGUCUUAAGUCUUAAUACAGUCGUUUCAGAAUUUUGGAACAUGAAUUCUCUUCUGAUCUUGAAAAAUGACAGAAACAUGCAUGUCUGAAAAAUGUCUGAACUAUGGGCAAAGUUGAAGUCGCACUUACAGGCAACAUCUGUCAUGUAUCUGUAAAAACGUGAAAUGGAAAGUUAAUAAUGAUUUUUGUACUUACCACUGCAUGUAGAGAUUACCUUGUUAGCAUUAAAAUUUCAUUUGCGUCUUUACUGUAGUUGAAGGAAUUCAAAACAAAUGUCAUGGAUGGUUGUAAUAACAAGUAAGGAAGCACAUGUAUGAAAUCAUAAAUAGUGUUAUUAAAACUCUCAUAAAAUGGAAGAUGUGUUCACCAAUGGAUAAAGAAAUUUAACCUGUACAUAGCUACCAUAUUGCUGAACAUACCUGUAGAAUUAAACUAAUUGCCUCUUGUGCCUUUCAUUUCAUAUUCUUGGUGUUGGGAAGACGCUAUACAUAUUGAAAGUCGUUUUCAAAAUGUAAUAUUUUGGGAUAGUUUGUGACAUUGCUUCUGUUCAAAGUUAUUGUCUGAAAUUAAUUAGUGAAAGCACCAAUAGAAUCCCUACAUGAAUGUAUACCUUCAUUAUGCAACAAUCAAUUGUCAGGCCCCCCCCCCUCCUCCAAAGCUAGCCAUACGAUUGGCUUGUCACUUUCAGACUGAUCAAAUCCCCACCCCUAGGGCUCCACUAUCUGUGCAUACAUUGUAACUAGUGUAAGAAACGGGGCCGUAUCAUAAGUCCGAUGCCUCAUAGGUCCGACGCCUCGUAAGUCCCAAAUGUUGGACUUAUGAGGAAUGAAUUCCGCCUCAUAGGUCCGACGCCGCACAAGUCUGACACCUCAUAGGUCCAACAAUGGACAAACGCUGUUUCAGACUUAUAAGGUGUCGGAGCUAUGAGGCGUCGGACUUAUGCCGCGUCGAACCUAUGAGGUAGAGUUUUGCCUCGUAAGUCCGAUGCCUAAUAAGUCUGACGCCUCAUAAGUCCGACAUUUCGGACUUAUGAGGUGUCAGACCUAUGAGGCGUCGGACUUAUGAGCGGAUCCCCAAGAAACCAUUGCAUGUGCAACCAACAGGAAACCAGAAUCCCCACCCUGGGGUCAUGGCACAUGUCCCACAUCUGACAUCAAAUGCAGGACAUCAGGGGAACAACUGAUUGGUGGAUUACCAGCCCGCCUUACUUUACUCUCAACCCAAAAAGUAAACAUUGAUUAGGUUAAUUACACAGUAACUGAAACAAAUAAAAUAUAAAAUGGAUUCACCUGAUAAUCAUAGCGAGCUGGAUUAUAACUAAAACAUGCUGCUUAUUGUAUGCAAGAUGCACCUCCAUUUCAAGUCAUUUUGUUUCUCAUAAACAUGUACAUGUAUAUAUGUCUUUUGCAUUAAAAUGAUAAAUUCAAAAACAA